AUGAGAAAAGUAAAUUCUGGACCCAAAACCACCGACGCUUAUCUUGGUCUUUUAUACGCAAUGGAAGAUUUAGCUGUAUAUGGCUACUUGACUAAUACACGGGUGAAAUUUGUAAUAGUGCUAGCAGUUCCAGAUGCCAUAAUCAGAGACCUUGAGAUGAAAAACGUAUGA